AUGCAAGCAUGUUUGGGGAGAUCCUGACUUACAUCUACUCGGGAACCCUCCAACUGUCCAUGGACAAAGUGCAGCCCCUGUACCAAGCAGCUGACCUCCUCCAACUGGACUAUGUGAGAGACACCUGCAGCAACUACAUGUCCAUGAACGUGGAGCACUCAACCUGUGUGGACCUGUACAAGUUUGCUGAUAUCUUCUCCAUGGACAUUGUCCGGAAACGUUGUCUUCAGCUUAUCCACAGUCAUUUUGCCAAGGUUGCCUCCAUCGAGGACUUCUGCAGUUUGAAUGUUAAUCAGCUGACUGAGAUCAUCAGCCACGAUGGAUUGGAUGUUAAAGAGGAGACAACAGUGUGGGAGGCUGUGGUGAGAUGGGUGCAGCACAGCAGGGAGGACAGACUACACCACCUACCCAGCAUCCUCCCUCACAUCCGCUUCAACCUGCUGGCCUCAAACGACACGGCAGCCAUAUUCGAUCACCCCCUGGUCAGGGAGGAUUCUGGGAGUUCUGAGGUCAUCAGGAAUAUUGUGCAGCAAGGGAACCCCAUCCUAAAGCCGCGGCUUGGGAUGGAGACGAUGGGAAUGGUCCUGAUGUCCACCCAAGAGCUAGAUGAACUCUUCUUCAUGAACCCGCGGAAAGGGAAGUACAUCAUCUGCAACUACGAUCCUGGAGACAUACCUUAUGCCAGGGCCAUGACAGUCACCAGUGAUAACAACAUUUACAUGCUGACUGUAGAGCACGAGGGUCUCGACCAGCUUUGCCUGUUUCGGUACAACCAUGCAGAGAAUGUGUGGCAACGUGCUGGCAUUUCCUCAGUGCCUGUGUUGCAUAAGUCAGAAGAUGAUUGUCUUUGCUAUGAAGAGCGCCUUUUUGAAAUUGGUGGAAUUCUAUACUUCAUUUCAAUUGCAGAGAAAAGAAAAAGAGUUUUUGUUGCUAUGAGAAAGUAUGACGGACACACGGACUGGUGGCUGGAGUGUUGGGGGCUGCAACUGAAGGAAAUUUCACAACACACACUUCAGUCCUGCGGCUCACACCUCUAUUUCCUCACAAGUGAUGAAAUGUAUUGCUACGACCCAAGCCAAGACUGUUGGGACAAGCGGACACCGCCGAAACUCAUUCCUAACGUUGCCACAGCCAUUGCCAUGGGAACAGAGAUCUUCUGCACAGAUCUACACUUCACCAACACUAUGGUCUACGACACACAGUCAGACCGCUGGCAGAAACUGCAAGGCUGGCCAAAGCCAGAAAACCUUGAUAUUGAUUUUGAAUUUCCUCCCGGUCUUUUUGUACUGGAAAACCGUCUGCACAUAUGGGUAGAAGCUGUGGACUCUGACAUAGAUGAUCCAAACUAUUCAACAGUAUAUCGGGUAUAUGUGUAUGACAGGUCUGCUGAUGCCUGGAGAGACUUACAGGUUACCCUGCCUGAUGAUAAGAGAUUUAGCACUGUAGACUGUCUUGGGCCCCUUUGCCCAGUGGCACAUAUAUACAUUCCACACCUUAAGGAAGCACACAAGCACUCCACUAGAUACCAUUAUCAUGAAAUGUAAUACGAAAUAGAGGAUUGAGAAAUAGGUAUUUCUUUUUUUACAUCUAUGAUAUCUGUGUGUGCUUGGGGGAAUCCAAUAUAAAAAAUGUUUGAAACAUUCAAUGCAUUUGUCAAUGUUGUUAAGAGAUGAUUGAUUCUGCAUGGCUGAAAAAACUUUAUGACCAUUUGGAGCAACAUGUGCAGGCUGCCCCUCAGUACUGCCCCGCAAUUACUUAGGGGCAGUCUGCAUAUUUUAGCUUGGCAAAUUGUAAGUUAAAUAUGCAGAUUGUUUAUCAUGUUUUGAAUGCUGGUAGGUAUUAUGGAAAAUAUGAAAUGCACCCCAGCUUGUGGAAUAACAUGAAAAUUUAACCAACAUUUUGACUCCAAAAAGUAGGUUUGUGUUUUAAUGUCAUGUUGAUCCAUUAUAGGCCCUGAAAAACUAACGUUACUGCUACAUGUAGUUAACUUACAUUGUUUACUACUAAAUAACUACCAGUACUACUAGUUAACUACCAUUAGUUCUAGUACACUAACAUUAUUAUCAGCAAGGCCAUACAAACUUUAUUUGUUGCUUCUCGGAUUCUUUAAGAAAAAAAAAUCGGAACGCCAGGUCUGGUCUAAAAAAAAUUCAAACGGUCUGGGGUGAACUUAUCAAGUCAAUUAUUUAAGCAUUAUAGAUUUAUCUAUGUUUAUGCAAUGUCACAAACAUCACAUUCUGAAUGCCAGUAGUUAUGACAGCAAAUAGUAGUUGUAACAGAUUUUGAUAUGAAGGAAUUUUCAGUCACAUUUAACUCUUCAAAGUAUGUUUGAGUUUCAGUGUAAUACAUUGU